UACUUAUCAAUAGGCUAUAUAAACCUGGCUCAUGGCAUUACAGUCUUUCAAUCAUGGAUACAUUCGCAGAACCAUACACACGCGCAGGAGACGACAUUUCACUUGAUUCAGUUAGAGAUCAUGUUAGAACUCUCGAAGCACGACACAAAGCCAACGGCGUUCAAUUAUCAGGCCGCAUCAUUCAUGUCUGCCAUUAUCUUCCUGUAACUUGCACAAUCACUUCAACUACUACAAGAGAUGGCAUACUCAGUCCACCUCCUACACCUCCACGUAUCCUUUCAGACGUACCACCAAGCCCAUCCGAUGAGGUUCCUCAAAUCUCUCUUCCCACUCAACCUGAGCGUUGGAAACUCGCUCCACGCUACGGACACAGCGCAAUGACGAGCGGCAUUCGUAGUCUCAGCCUCACACACGAACAACUCAUUCUUGGAUGGACAGGCGACAUUCUAUCACCUGCAGGUCCAUCCGAUGGCAAUGAUGGUCAUUCACUCCACUUUCACUCAUCAUCAUAACACUGACCUCUCCAUAGCUGACGUCAAUCCAUCCACUGGUGAACGUAUCCCUUCCGUUCGAGAUCGUAUUCCAUCUUCUCGCAUUUCUCAAGAGGACAAGGAUGCACUCGACGUCGAGCUCGCUCAUUAUACCGACAAGAACGCACUCGAACCUGAAACCAGCAAGCCAAUUACUCAUCUUCCGCUCUGGAUGGAGGAUAACGUCGCACACGGUCAUUACGAUGGUUAUUGUAAACA